AUGAUGUCUGACGUGCCUUUUGGUCCUUUGGGAGGAUCUUUUCUCCUCACUGGAUGUGAGGACGCAGCAUACCAGCAGUGUCCGAAGAAGUGUCCGAAGCAGAAGCGCAGCAGCUGGGUGGUCCUGUCUAUGGUUGCAGCGGUGGCCUUGUGCCUUUGUGUGCAGGGCUGUGGUGGCCAGAGUUUUGAGAGCCUCGAACAAGCGCAGCAGGAGAUAUGCGUAGACUUGGCAGACCCUGGGCAAGCGUGCCUCGACUACUGCUUGGAUUGCAUUGCCAACUACCAUGGAUCCUAUGAGCAGAUAGGCCGCGACUUCAACCGAGAGCUUGUGCAAGGCUGCGGUAGUGCCAAGGUUUGUCCUCCGGCUGGGUUUAUCCCUGGAUAA